AGCUCCUUUCCUUGCGAGAAGUGCAAAAUUUUCAAGAGCUAGAGGCUCGCCCACCUGGUACAGAAGGAGCGCGCGUCUGUGUCCCUUGGGGACCCUCAGUUGCAAAGAGACAGCUGCUUGGUCACUCACUCGCCCAGACUAUAGGAUCCUCCCGGGACACUCUUGAGUGGCACCUUUCUGCAGAGGACUGGCUGACCCCCGCAGAGCUCAGGAUUUGCAACGUUCCGAUACUGGAGGCUUGCAGCCGCGCUCUCCCGACCCUGGGGCACUCGCCCGAAUCACAGCAGUGUGCAGGUGACUGGUCUAUCAUCUCCGACUCUCCAUGAGCUCAUGAACCUGGGAGCGGGUGUCCGGCGAUGGCGCGGCCUCUGAGCGACAGGACCCCGGGUCCCCUGCUGUUGGGAGGCCCGGCAGGGGCCCCCCCUGGCGGGGGAGCGUUGCUUGGGCUGCGGAACCUUCUGCAGGGGACCAGCAAGCCCAAAGAGCCGGCCAGCUGUCUCCUGAAGGAAAAGGAGCGGAAGGUGACUCUGCCCCCAGCUCCCGUCCCGGGACCGGGCCUGGAAACGGCUGGGCCAGCCGAUGCCCCGAGCGGGGCAGUUGGCGGCGGUGGGUCCCCGCGGGGACGCUCGGGGCCGGUGGCUGGCCCGAGUCUUUUUGCGCCGCUGCUGUGGGAACGCACUUUGCCUUUCGGCGACGUGGAAUACGUGGACCUGGACGCCUUCCUGCUGGAGCACGGGCUCCCGCCCAGCCCGCCGCCCCCCGGGGGCCUGUCGCCGGCACCCUCUCCUGCGCGCACGCCCGCGCCCUCCCCGGGGCCCGGCUCCUGCGGCUCCUCUUCCCCGCGCUCGUCGCCGGGGCACGCCCCCGCGCGGGCUACCCUGGGAGCCGCCGGCGGCCACCGCGCAGGCUUGACCUCUAGGGACACACCCAGUCCUGUGGACCCAGACACCGUGGAGGUGCUAAUGACCUUUGAACCUGAUCCAGCUGAUCUUGCCCUGUCAAGCAUUCCAGGCCAUGAGACUUUUGACCCUCGGAGACACCGCUUCUCAGAGGAGGAGCUGAAGCCUCAGCCAAUCAUGAAGAAGGCAAGGAAAGUCCAGGUGCCAGAGGAACAGAAGGAUGAGAAGUACUGGAGCCGGAGGUACAAGAAUAACGAGGCAGCCAAGAGGUCUCGAGACGCACGAAGACUCAAGGAGAAUCAGAUCUCUGUGCGGGCAGCCUUCCUGGAGAAGGAGAAUGCCCUUCUGCGGCAGGAGGUGGUGGCUGUGCGGCAGGAGCUGUCUCACUACCGUGCUGUGCUUUCACGCUAUCAGGCCCAGCACGGGACUCUGUGAGGCCACUUCCACCCUGCCUGGGCAGAGUUCUGUUCCUUACUCAGACUUGCACCUGACACUCUUCUCCCUCCUUGUCCCAUGGCUGAUGGUCUGGCCAGCUAGGUGCCCCAGGGACAUGAUGAUACAGACAAAUACAUUUAUAUUUUUAAGAAAAAGCUAGCCAUCUCCCACCUCCCUCGUGGGGGUGGGGAGGGUCCUGUGUGUGCUCUUAGCACUUUGGGGAACCUAUCCACCCAACCGCCUCCGUCAACACAAUCCUGAAUAAAUCUUGAGAACCCAGGA